AUGAUCACUUGUUUUCCUUAUUUUACAGUUGUUUAUGCUGAUUACUCGUCAUCUGGUAGAUCACUUCAGUUUCUAGAAGACUACAUUAAUAAGGAAGUUCUUCCAGCUUUUGGUGAUUGUGAUUGUACAUCAGCUGUAACCGGAUUGCAGUCACUGCUUUAUAACAAUGAAAGCCGAGAUUUAAUAAAAUCGGCAGUAAAUGCAACAUCAGAUCAAGAUGAAAUUAUCUUCUGUAAUAAUCCAUCAGAUCGUCUCGCACAUUUAUUCACAAAAACGAAAGAUUCGAUUGUUGCCUAUGAAACGUCAUCCAACUCGUCACACAACUCUGACAACUUAGGCAAGUCCAAUGUCGUUUUGUUUGUAAGUAAUUUCGAGCCUGAAAACAACAUCAGAUCAUGGAUUGACGGUGGUGCAAUAAUUGAAAGAAUUGAUAAGAACCGUGAAGGGUUCUUAGAUCUCGUCGCUCUUGAAAAGAAGCUGAGUAAAUAUUCAGAGUCAAAUUACAAGCUAAUUGGUUUGUUUUCGGGUGUGUCAAGGUUGACAGGAAUUUUGUCAGACGAUGUUGCAACAACAAUUCUUCUUCAUCAAUACAAUGCAAUCUCUCUUUGGGAUUGUUCAGACAUUGCUUCUAGUGCCCAAAUGCAUGUCAAUUCAGCACUUCCAGGCGCUUCAAAAGAUGGACUUUUCUUCAAUUGCAAUAAGAUGAUUGGUGGACUUCAAUCAUCAUCUGUGCUGAUAAUCAAGAAGUCUUUGAUUGCAAACUUCAAAUCAAUUCUCAACGAAAUGGUCGACACAGUUAGUAUCGUAAGGUGUGGACUUGUAAUGCAAUUAAAAGAAGCUCUUGGUACUCACAUCAUGACACGUCAGGAAAAGAUUUGCAAACAAAUGCUGGCACACAUCAGAACGAUUCCUGAAAUUGUUUUACUCGCACCGACGUCAACAACUGCUAAAAGAAUUCCAACAAUGUGCUUCCUUGUGAAACAUCCACGUGGAGCAUUUCUUCAUCAUCGCUUUGUCGUAGCAGUUUUAAAUGACAUUUUUGGCAUUCAAUCAUCAGCUAAUAGCCUUCUAGAAGAAAUUACGCUUGGCAUCAGCAGUGAUUUAAUUAAAGAAUAUGAAAAAAUGUUAAAUCAUGAGAAAUUGCAUACAGAGAAUCUUCGUCCCGGUUAUAUUCGCAUAACAUUCCCAUUCUUCAUGAACGAUGCUGAAGUUGGUUACAUUCUUGAAGCUUUGAAAAUGGUCGCAACUGAAGCUUGGAAACUUUUACCGCAGUAUGAAGUCGACGAGAAGACGGGCGAAUGGCGUCAUCACUCAAAUUCAUUAGCGAAAGAACGUAAAUGGCUUCAAUCGAUUCGCUACAACGAUGGACGAAUGUUGUUCAAUGAUCGUCGAAUAUCAGCUCCUGGUGGUUUUCCUACAAAUUUCGCUGAUUGUCUACAAACAGCGAGAAAUAUUUUUAACAGAGCACGUAAAAUGGCACAAAAGUCAACAGUUGGUGAAAAUCUUUAUUUGAAAUUGGAUGAUGAAACUGAGAAACUGCGUUGGUAUAUGUUGCCAGGUGAAGCUCAUGAAUUAUUGCUUGGACACUCACAAAAUGUUAAGCAAGCAGUUCCAAUUGAUCCCAAUAAGAUGUUCGAAUCACCGUCUCUCGUUGAUCUUUUGACUUGUCGAACAAACAGCUUAUCAGCUUUAGAUAUUCGAAGGUAUCAAAAAAGUCAAAGUCUUCCUGCCACUCCACAGACGACUAAGCUUUCAAUUUCACCACCAAAAUGUUCCAGUCCUAUGUCAAUAAAACAUCAACUUGACACUGCAUCUCCACCUUCACCAAUCGUUCGGUUCACACUUGGCGGUGAAGUGACUUGUGCCACAAAUUUCGGACAGUCACCACAAGUUUCAAGUUUAAUUGCAAGCGAAUCAAUAAGAAGUCGAAAUAGAUGUCAUAGCUGGGGGCCUAACCCAUCACCAGUAUGGCCCAGAAUAUUGGGCAACAAACAGUCGACCAGAUCAUGUUCUGUUAGUUCACAAACAGAUUUGCACUUGAAUGCUGAAUGCACGCCCGAAUUCAGAGUCGGGAGCAGUUCGAGUGACAAUGAAGAUAUUAAUAAUUAUGUGAAAGGAGUAACGAAAGAAAUAACGGAUGAGAUAAAAUCAGAGAUUCGUGAAGUAAUCAGUCAAGUUGAAGAUGUUCUUGAGAAUUCAGAGUCAGUUGAUCUGCAAUCAGUCAUGGCGAACAUAACCAGUGCUGAAGAUUUGAAAACACAUGAUUCGGUUUCAGCUGGUGAUAUUGUGGAAUUUCUUAAAGAAUUUUCAAAAGAUUUGACAAGCGAAGUGAAAUCAGAGAUCCGUGAAGCUUCAAAUGCCGUCGAUGAAUUUAUUUCUCCUGACUGUACAAAUUCUCGUCAACAAGAGAAUGACAAGAGAAACACGAAACUAUUAGCCAAACAACGAUUCAGCGAUAUAUCGCAUGAAACUUCACCCAAACCUCAUGACGAUAAACAUCGAUCGGAAUCCCUUCCGAGUCCGGAACAUUCUGUGCGGCCAUUCCAUUAUACGGGUGCCAUAUCUAAAAUAAAAUCUAUCGAGCCGCGUGAUGCUUCGUCUCAGGAUUCGGGAAUUAAUUUAAGUUUUCAAGAUGAUGAAAGGAAAAAAUUAAGAAAUUCUCUUGAGAGAAAUAAAUUUACAUUUGAUGAGAACGACGAUCAAAUUCCAAUAUUACUACAGCAAUCUUAUGACAAUCACAACGACUCAUCGUCAGCAACAUCAAGUCCAAAAAUUCUCAAACGACAAAGUCAUCUCAUAAAACGUUCAUCAAGCGAGCUCGAUUCAGAUGAACAACCAACAAGUGUUUGGCAUAAUCUUCCAAAAGAUGUGUGGAAAACUGCAGCUGAGGUCAAUAAUCAUAAUCAUUAAUCUUAAUAAAAGAUUUUAAAACAUUUUACUUAUGCAUGACAUCCUUAAAAUUGAAAAUAUUUACUUUCAAGAAAGAACUAUUUACACAUUUACUUCUAGAUGAGAAAAAAGAAAAUAUAAAAGAAAAAAAAUAAGAAGGAUAAGAAAUUCACUAAGCAUGGUGUGUGAAAGAUAAUCAAAACGAACAUGUUAAUGAAUAAUUAGAAACAAAUCUAAUCGUUUUUGGGUGAAAGCAUUUUGAAUCGACUUCCACGCAAAUCAUCCUUCAAAUAGUUUUGGUUCCUUAGAAUAGAAGUGUUAAGUACUUACAUCUAUCAUGUGUCUACUUAGAACAUUAAAUAAGAUGAGAAUUGUUGAUUUUAUAUUCUAAUCAAAAAUUUCUCUCUGAGAUUCAUUAAUAGAAUGAAGUAGAAAAUAAGGAAAACUAAUUUGUUAGAAAGGAAUUCGUUGGGACACUUCAUAUUUACACAAGUAUCGAUAGUGGGCGACGAAAAUAUAUUUUUUGAAUAUUUUAAGAUUGAUUUUUUAGAUCUAGCUACUUACAAAUUGAAUUUUGACGUUCAUCAGAGAAAUUUUCGGAUUUAACACAUACACACAAAACUUAUUCGAUGCACGUCAAACAUAAAAAAAAAUAUUUCCUUAACAUCGUAACAUACUUAAAAAUUAAUGGAAACAAUUAAUUAUUGUUAGAUAAGUUAAUGUUUUUAUUUCAAUUAAAACAAAAUAUGGAAAGGAAAAAUUAAGAAAAGUUUCAUUAUAAUGUAUCUACAUAAACACGAAAAUAUUUAACGGAAAAUCUGGUGAAA